AGCAAAGAGCUGGGCUGGGAUCCGGAAGUCUGGGCGGAGCCUAGCUGCGCACUCCUGGACUGGCGACGUUGUGCUUCUAACAGCUCUCCGAGGUCCCUGCCGGAAGUGUAGGGCUUAAAGGAGAGUUGUGGUUCCUAGGUCUGUCUUCAAAUUCCUGCUUCUGUUCCAACAGGAAGAAGCAGACAGAUUUGAACAUCUCUGUUUCCAGCUUCUCUGAUCAUCAUGAUGAAGAUUAGACACAAAAACAAAAAACCAGGUAAAGGUUCCAAAGGCUGUAAGAAGCCUGCAAGGCAAAAUGGGAAGAAAGUAACCUCCAGACCAUCAUCUGCUCCCCAGAUUGUUCAUGGCAAUGACCAUGCCAGUCGCGAGGCCGAAUUAAAGAAGAAAAGGGUCGAGGAGAUGAGGGAGAAGCAGCAAGUUGCCCGGGAGCAAGAGAGACAGAGACACAGGACCAUGGAGAGCUAUUGUCAGGAUGUCCUGAAACGUCAGCAGGAAUUUGAACAAAAGGAGGAAGUUUUGCAGGAAUUAAACAUGUUUCCUCAGUUGGAUGAUGAGGCCACAAGGAAGGCCUAUUACAAGGAAUUCCGGAAGGUGGUAGAGUACUCUGAUGUGAUUCUGGAAGUCCUAGAUGCCAGAGACCCAUUGGGCUGCCGCUGUUUCCAGAUGGAGGAGACUGUCCUUCGUGCAGAAGGCAACAAGAAGCUGGUCUUGGUCUUAAAUAAGAUAGAUCUCGUUCCCAAGGAGAUUGUGGAAAAGUGGCUGGAAUACCUUCUCAAUGAACUGCCAACUGUGGCUUUCAAGGCCAGCACCCAGCAUCAUCAGGUCAAAAACUUGACUCGUUGUAAAGUUCCAGUGGACCAGGCCUCUGAGUCGCUUUUGAAAAGCAGAGCCUGCUUUGGAGCCGAAAAUCUCAUGAGGGUCCUGGGGAACUAUUGUCGCCUGGGGGAAGUGCGUGGCCACAUUCGUGUGGGUGUUGUAGGCCUUCCCAAUGUGGGGAAGAGCAGUCUGAUCAAUAGCCUGAAGCGCAGCCGUGCUUGUAGUGUGGGAGCUGUUCCUGGUGUCACAAAAUUCAUGCAGGAGGUCUACCUAGACAAGUUUAUCAGGCUUCUGGAUGCACCAGGCAUUGUCCCAGGACCCAAUUCAGAGGUGGGCACCAUCCUGCGUAAUUGCAUCCAUGUGCAGAAGCUGGCAGACCCUGUGACCCCGGUGGAGACCAUCCUUCAGCGCUGCAACCUGGAGGAGAUUUCCAGCUACUAUGGUGUAUCUGGAUUCCAGACGACUGAGCACUUUCUGACUGCAGUGGCCCAUCGCUUGGGAAAGAAGAAGAAGGGAGGUGUAUAUAGUCAGGAACAGGCUGCCAAAGCUGUGCUGGCUGACUGGGUGAGUGGGAAGAUCAGCUUCUAUACACUACCACCGCCCACUCACACUCUGCCCACCCAUCUCAGUGCUGAGAUUGUUAAGGAGAUGACUGAGGUCUUUGAUAUAGAAGAUACUGAGCACGCCAAUGAAGACACCAUGGAAUGCUUAGCUGUGGGAGAAUCCGAUGAGCUGUUGGGUGACAUGGACCCACAAGAAAUGGAGGUCAGGUGGCUCCAUUCUCCACUGGUGAAAAUAGCAGAUGCUAUUGAAAAUAGAAGCACCGUGUAUAAGAUUGGAAAUCUCACUGGGUAUUGUACCAAACCAAACCGUAAUCAGAUGGGGUGGCCUAAACGCAAUGUGGACCACCAUUGCCCCCAAAAUAACCGUGUAGUAGAGGUCAGUUCUGUGGACCGCCGCCCGAUGUUGCAGAGGAUCCUGGAGACAGACCCACUUCAGCAAGGCCAGGCUCUGGCAUCUGCCUUGAAGAAUAAGAAAAAAUUGCAGAAGCGUUCAGAUAAAAUCGCCACUAAGUUGUCUGACUCCAUGAUGUCCAUGCUUGACCUCUCUGGCAACUCCGAUGACUGUGCAGGUGACUGAGCAGCUGACCUUCCCCCUCAUACUGCAAGUACUGCUUCCCGUGCGAUGGGAGAGUCCAGAUGCCUUUCCAUUCUCCCUGAUGUACUUAAUAGGAGAACACCUCCAUGUCAUGUAUCUUCUGCUGCCGUGCCCUCCAUUCUUAUCAAAGGUCUGGAGCUGCCAAACCCUACUACCCUCUACUUAAUCCUUCCUGUCUUUGAAAAUGACCUUGUGUUUGUUUUGUGGUGCCAGGGAUUGAACAUAAUAGGUUCUCACAAAUGUUAGACAACCAUUCUAUUACCAAGCUGUAGUAUUACCAUCAUUACCAUCCAUCAUUAUCAUUGGGGAGUCUGCUUACUCAACCUCCCAAGUACUGGGAUUACAGGCUUUUGCCACCAUUCCCAGCUCCCACUGUGUUUUCUAAGGUAAAUAAAAUCAGCAGACUCUUGGCAUGGUGGCAACAUAUCUAUAACCCUGACACUUGGGAGACUGGAGCUAGGAGGACUGUAAGUUAUGGGCCAGCCUGAACUAUCUGGCAAGACCCUUUCUCAACAAAACAGCCCAAAACAAAUAAGCAGAGUCCAGCUGGGCAUACACCUUUAAUCCUAGCACUCUGGAGGCAGAGGCAGAUGAAUCUCGUGAGUUUCAGGCCAGCCUGGUCUACCGAGCAAGUUCCAGGAUAGCCAGGGCUGCAUAGAGAAACUCCGUCUCGAAAAGUGAACAAUAAAACAACAAAAAGAAUUUGUAAUUAUUUAAAAAGCAAAUAAGCAGAGUCCAAGUGCUGACAAUGUACCUUGGACUCUAAAUUCCUGUGUCGUACCCUGUGAGUUAGGCUGAUAAGGGUUAACCUUUUGGACAGGUAAAUGUCCUAAAGGCUAGACUGCUGAGAAACCUGGUAGCAGUGGCGGGGGAGGUGGCGGUUGUCCCUGGAUGGGUGAUCCUUUUCAUUUUUAUCACCCUACAAGAUCUCAGUGCCAAGGCUCUUGCCUGUGUAUUUUCCAAAUCAAUAGCUAGCUCCUCAUCUGGGUAGUGUAGGAGUAGAGAAGGAUAGUGUGAGUCUCCUGUCUCUGGAAGUGUCUGGGGAUAGUGUAGAGGAUGACGAUUCUAGAAAGGGUAUACCUAUCAUAGUAAGUUGGAAAGCCAUUGGCUGCAGGAUGUUCAGGAAAUGUAGACCGUACCUGUUUUCUGGACGGUUAGGGGCUGAGCACAAACUACUAAACAAUGAGAAACAGUUACCACCUUUAACUUUCACUAUAUCCGUAUCAGGAAGGGGUAAGGCUCAGAAAGCCGACAGAAUGUGCUCAUGUCAACAGUAAGUGGUGGUGUGCUAGAUGUCAAACUUGAGUCUAAUUUAAACCUUAUGCUAGCCUUUUGGUUUGCAUUAUUUUGCCUUUUCAACAAGGGCACACCACUCUGGUAUUUUCUGUUGUCAUAUAUUUAAAAUAUAUUUUCUCUACUCUGUUUUUUAUUUUUAUUUAUUUAUUUAUUUUUUGGGUUUUUCGAGACAGGGUUUCUCUGUAUAGUCUUGGCUGUCCUGGAACUCACUUUGUAGACCAGGCUGGCCUCGAACUCAGAAAUCCGCCUACCUCUGCCUCCCAAGUGCUGGGAUUAAAGGCGUGCGCCACCACCGCCCGGCUCUGUUUUUUAAAAAAUGGUAGUAUUUAUUGAAAAACUAUGCUUUCUAAGUCUCUUUAAAUGAUGUCCAACUUAAUUCACUGAUCUCAUCUUAAGUUUUGCUAGACAAUAAUAUAUUAGAAAUAAAAGUAUCUAGAUUCUUGGGAACAUAAUCAUGUCAAAAUAAAAUAGAACUAAAACCAGGUGGGUGGCUCACACCAGUGCUCCAAGCACUAAGAAUGCUGAAGCAGGAAGAUGUCUGAAGCUGAGUCCAGCCUGGGCUGCAGAGUAAGAGGCAGUCUCAGGGCGAAACAAAAUAAUGUGGGACUUUAGAUAUUCUAACUCUAAUGUAUCUCAAGGUUGGGGGUAGCAUGCGCACGCACGCACAGAGAGAGAGUUUCCCCCAUAUAACCCAGUGUGGUCCUGAACUUUUUAGGCCCCCCCCCCAUUAGCUUUCCAAGUGCUGGGAUUGCAGGUGUUUGCUUUCAUGCCUGGAUAUUUCUUUGUUCUUAAAACAAUUUCUUGGGUCUUUACUCUCCCCUUAAAAAUCAUUUUUAUACAAUAAAUCUCAUCCUUCAUGGUUCUAUGGUUCUGUAAGUUUAGACACCUUUUUUUUUUUUUUUUUUUUCCGAGACAGGGUUUCUCUGUGUAAUCCUGGCUGUCCUGGAACUCACCAGGCUGGCCUCGAACUCAGAAAUCCGCCUGCCUCUGCCUCCCAAGUGCUGGGAUUAAAGGCGUGCGCCACCACGCCCGGUUAUUUAGACACCUUUUAACAGGGGUGGCCUGCCAUCAUAAUCAAGAUAAGAGAAUUUUGUGGCAUUUCCCCAAACUUAUUGUGUCCUCUUGUAGUAUAGUCCUGCCCCCAUCCUCAAAUCCUAGCAGGCACAGACCUCUUUCCUGUUCCUUAAUAUAAGUGUCGUAAGUCACACGGGGGCUUAUUUUAUGGCAUUAAGCUUUUAGCUUUUUCCUUUUAGAUCUUACAUUGAAGUUAGAUGCAGUUGUAUAAGCUCGGAUAAAUGGAUAAAGCCGAGUAAUCAUUAAUACAGGACAGAAGAGUUCUAUUAGCCUCUCCUUUACCAUUCCUGGUAAUUUAUAGUCAAACCUUGUUCUCUCCCUGACAGUCACGGACUUGUGCUUUCACUUUAUGGCUUGUCUUUUGAAAAGAGUUGUAAGUGGAAUUUAAUAGUAUGUAACUUUUGAGAUUAAUGUGUUAUAAAUUAUAGACUUGAGAUCCAUAUCACUGGAUGUAUCAAUAGUUUGAUUUCUGUUUCAUAUGCUAUUGUGUGGAUGUCUUAUUGCUUAUUCAACCCUAAGUUGGAUUACAUUCUUUACAGUUGAGGAGGAAGUUAUAAAUAAAGCUGCUAAAAAUCCUUG